UCUUCAGAAGUUGCUCUCUCCUAGUUCAAGCCGUCAGCUUCCACUGUGCACUUGUAGUCAGCAGCUUGAGCGUGCAUGCAAUCCCUCAGGUUGGGAGUAGGACAAGCGACGGAUGACCACACGCGCCUGAGAAAAACGUCGAAGUUGAUGUUAGAAUCGGGAGAACUUCCCUCAACAUGAGGGCAGAUGAUUCAGGACAUUGAUCGCGAAAGUGCAAGAAGCGUUUUGAAGCGUUUGGCAGCAUAGCGUGAGACUUUUACGCACGGCAUUGUUUUGCUAUGGCACCGCUUUUGGAUAGACGCGCUCCAGCUUUGCUUUUCAUUUGGACUUACUGCGUCGUGGCUGACACAGCUUUUACCAACUUUUCCGUGGACAACGAGUUCCACUCUAGCUUCAUUCACCGCCGACUGAGAAGCCAGGAGCGCCGGGAGAUGCAGCGGGAGAUCCUCUCCAUCCUGGGGCUGCCGCACCGGCCGCGACCGCACUUUCACGGCAAGCACAACUCCGCUCCCAUGUUCAUGUUGGAUCUGUACAACGCCAUGAGCACAGAGGUGGACGAGGACAGGUACUCCUAUCCAUACAAGCCCAUCUUCACCACGCAGGCGCCCCCCAUUGCCAGCCUGCAAGACAACAACUUCCUGAACGAUGCAGACAUGGUCAUGAGCUUUGUCAAUAUAGUGGAGCAUGACAAGGAAUUCCUGCCAGUGAGACGACAUCAUCGAGAAUUCCGAUUUGACCUGUCCCAGAUUCCUGAGGGCGAGGUGGUCACUGCCGCCGAGUUUCGGAUUUAUAAAGAUUUCAUUCACGAACGCUUUGAUAACGAAACCUUCCGCAUCAGCAUCUACCAAGUGUUGGAGGAACAUUCGGACAGAGAGUCUGACCUUUUUCUCCUGGACUCACGAGUCAUCUGGGCUGCAGAGGAGGGCUGGCUGGUUUUUGAUGUGACGAUCACCAGCAACCACUGGGUCCUCAACCCAGGAAGGAAUCUGGGUCUACAGUUGGCUCUAGAGGGCACAAACGGAGAGAGUGUAAACCCUCGCGCUGCGGGGCUGAUCGGUCGUAGCGGGCCGCAGAACAAACAGCCAUUCAUUGUGGCUUUCUUCAAAGCCACCGAGGUGCACCUGCGAAGCAUCCGCUCCGCACAAGGAGGCACCAAGCAGCGGAACCCCAAUCGCUCCAAAGGGGCCAAGACCCAAGAGGCCUUGCGAGUGGCCAACAUUGCAGAGAACAGCAGCACUGAUCAGAAGCAGGCGUGCAAGAAGCACGAGUUGUACGUCAGCUUCCGAGAUCUCGGGUGGCAGGACUGGAUCAUCGCCCCUGAGGGAUACGCGGCGUACUACUGCGAGGGCGAAUGCGCCUUCCCGCUCAAUUCGUACAUGAACGCUACAAACCACGCCAUUGUGCAAACACUCGUUCACUUCAUCAACCCGGACACAGUUCCGAAGCCUUGCUGCGCUCCAACGCAGCUCCACGCCAUCUCAGUGCUGUACUUUGAUGACAGCUCCAAUGUCAUCCUCAAAAAGUACCGCAACAUGGUGGUCAGAGCUUGUGGCUGCCACUAGAUGCUGGUCACUUUAUCAGACACACACACGCACACGCAAACUCACGCAUAGCCAGACACAAUCCUGACAAGAUUUGGGCUUUGGGCACAAGCACAUGCGGUUCAAGACAAUUUCCUGUGUGCAAAAAGCUCUUGUUUCUUCUUCGGGGAUGUUUCCAAGUAAACACUGUGUUGUGUGGCUGAAAUGGAAUUUUAGAUUAUACACACAUACACACACACUCAUGUGUGCAGGCGCACACACACAAACACAUAUUUGUGCUUUCUACUGUGUAUACGUACAUUUUAAACCAUGUAUUCAUUCACCAUCAACAAACUUGUUUAUUUUCCGUUCUGUUAGUUCCUUUUUUUGCUGUAGAUGAUGAUUUCUUAUGAGAGAACCUGGAUGCAAGUUAGGACUUAAUGAACUGUAUAAACGAAUUGUAAAUAAUGUUGUCAAACCAAGCAAAUAUGUGUAUUUAUUUCCUGAAAUGUCAGUCAGGUUUGCCUGUUUGUGACGCUGACAGCUUUCUGUUCCCACACAAAGAAACUGGAGGGAAAACUGAACAUAAAACGGGCCCGGGAGGAACAGGGUGUAUCCCGCCUCUUAUCUGAAGUCAACUGGGCUCAGCUCCAGCUCAGCCACCACACUAAUGAGGACAAGCAGUAUAGAAAAUGGCUGGAUGCAUGAACACAAAAUGACUCUAACGUGACUAUGCGCACACUUGUCAUGGAAACGGUGACUUAUUUAAUCAGUGGAAGCUGCUACAUAAAUUUCAGUGCUGUUUUCACAAAGUGUCUGAGGGAGAAGGGGGAAGGCUGCGUAGUGGGGGUUACGAGAGUUUUGGGCUCAUGACAUGUUCAGGUUCUCUGCUGUAAUAAAAGUUGUCAUAUUCAA